AGACAACAGUAAAAUUUAAAAAGCUUCUUCGCGGACGGAUCCACAACACGGCAUUUCGGGCUUAAAAUUCGCGCGCACACGCUGGAUCGAUGGUAGGAUAGUUGGGAAUGGGUAGCUCGCAGAGUGUUUCGGCAGGGAGUAGCGGCAGCUCGUCAUACCAAUCGGGAGUCCCCGAGGAGGAGAGCCUGCCAAAUCAUGAGUAUAGUCAUCCGUCACAGGAUUACGAUUUCGAUCAUGAGCACAGUCAUCCGACUCAGGAUUCCGAUUUCAAUCACGAGGAUAGUCAUCUGAGUCAGGAUUACGACCUCGCAUUCGAUCUGCAGUUGGCUGAAGUAAUGGAAGCCUCCCGAGCCGAAGAAGUGUUUGCUGCCUGGGAGAUCGAAAACCUAGAGGAGCGGAUCCAUGCAGUGCUGCUGGCCAAAGUCCUGGAGCGACAACAAGAAGAAGAACAAAGGAUGCGCAGAGAAACUUGUCGAAUUUGCACCGAAGACAGGCUUUCGCUGCAGGAGAUGAUGACCGUGCAACCCUGCGAGCACCGGUUCUGCAUCCAGUGCAUGAGGCACAACGCCGAGGUGAGGGUGAAAGAAGGAGCUGUGGAGGUGCGAUGCCCGUCAGAGAAUUGUCUCGCGGUUCUGGACUAUGAAGCUUGCACCGAGCUGCUGUCCAAGGGGAGCAUCCAGCUGCUGGAGAAGAACAGGGUGGAGCAGAGCAUUCCCGCGGAGUUCAAGAUCUACUGCCCCUACAAGGAGUGCUCCGAAGUCAUGGACAAGCGCCUGCUCGACGCUGCUGUGCCAUCCUCUUCAAGCUCUUCGAGUUCUCCAAAAAGUUGUUCCAAGAGCUCUAAGAAGAGUUCUUCGAGUUCUCCAAAAAGUUGCUCCAAGAGCUCUAAGAAGAGUUCUUCGAGUUCUUGGGGAGCUUCUUCGCCUUCUGCGUCUCUUCCAGCUUGGACCUCGUCUGCUCCUGUUCCCUCGUCAUCAGAUUCCCUUCCUUCAUCCUCGGCGACUUCGACGACUCAAUCCAACGCUCGUGCGUCGUUCAUGGUCAAAUGCCUCGCGUGCGGCAAUGACUUCUGCCUCAAGUGCAAGGUGCCAUGGCACUUUGGCAUGUCCUGCCCCGAGUUUGAGAAGGUCCCGGCCGUGCUGCGCGACUUUGACGGGGUGAAGCUCUACAAGCUGGCGUCGAGGAACAAGUGGAAGCAGUGCAGCCAGUGCGGCAGCAUGAUCGAGCUGACGCGGGGCUGCAACCACGUUGUUUGCCGGUGUAAGUAUGAGUUUUGCUACCUUUGCAACAGAAAGUGGACGUCGGACCAUGCGGCUGCCUCCAAAUGCCCAUUUUGGGAUGAAAAGAAGCUCUUGGACCCGAAGAAAAGCAUGUAAAUUAUA